GAGUUUGAGGCCGGUGUGCGUGAGUUUCAAUGACGCCAUGAUGUUAUUUUUACCCGAUGAGCUCAUGAACUCACUCUAACUUCACCAGCGGCGAACUGACCAGCUUUAACUAGCCUAACUACCCAUCCGCGCAACUCUACCAGGUUUCUACGCAUCUGGUCAUCUUUAUCUGUGGAUUUACUGUAAAAUGAGACGGACUGAAACUUUCAUGGAGAUCUUCAUGAUGGAGUGCAGCGGUACGGAGGUGCAUGAGGUCACGCCGCUGCCGCCUGUCUGUGGAGCCCCUGUGAUGGUGUGAAAGAAACUCCCAUCAGCCACUGCGCCCCAAACACACACACACACACACACACAUACACACACAUACACACAGGCUGCGUGUAAGUGCGUUUUUACUCCGGAGUUUCCUCUUGCUUUUUCUCAUACGCUUUUGGGCCGCCUGCCGAACGCAACCAGAGUGACAUCAUCAGCUGCUACAAUGGGGCCGUUGAUCUCCUGAGGGCCCGCCGGCAGCAGCACUGAGACACAGAGACUGUUAGCGCAGAGACGGACUGAGGGAUUGUGGGUAUGUGUGAGCGCGCGGCGCGGCCCAUCGGGGCCGAGGGUCUGGUGGCUCUGCUGGAGGGCGGCCUGGACCGCGUGCUGCUGAUCGACUGCCGUCCGUUCGUGGAGUAUAACGCGUGUCACAUUCUGGAGGCCGUGAACGUCAACUGCUCCAAACUGAUGAAGAGGAGAUUACAGCAGGACAAGAUCCAGAUCAGUGAACUCCUGCAGCACUCGGCCAAGAGGAAGCUGGAGCUCCAGGGUCAAGAGGUCGUGGUGUACGACCAGAGCUCGUCUGACCCCGCCUCCCUCUCAUCAGAGGCCUUCCUCAGCGUCCUAUUGGCCAAGCUGGAGAAGAGUUUCCCAUCAGUCCACCUGCUCUUAGGUGGUUUUGUGGCCUUCUCGCAGCUGUUCCCGGGUCUGUGUGAAGGGAAGUCCACGCUGGUGCCGUCCUGCAUCUCUCAGCCCUGUCUCCCUAUGAGCAGCAGCGGGCCGACGCGGAUCCUGCCACACCUGUACCUGGGCUGCCAGAGAGACGUGCUCAACCAGGAGCUCAUGCAGCAGAACGACAUUGCUUACGUGCUCAACGCCAGCAACACCUGCCCCAAACCAGACUUCAUCCCCGACUCGCAUUUCUUGCGCGUGCCUGUCAACGACAGCUUCUGCGAGAAGAUCCUGCCCUGGCUGGAGCGAUCCGUGGAGUUCAUAGAAAAAGCCAAGGCCAGUAACGCCAGAGUCCUGGUCCACUGUCUGGCGGGAAUCUCUCGCUCGGCCACCAUCGCCAUCGCUUACAUCAUGAAGAGGAUGGACAUGUCGUUAGAUGAAGCGUACAGGUUCGUGAAGGAGAAACGGCCGACCAUCUCGCCCAACUUCAGCUUCCUGGGUCAGCUGCUGGACUUUGAGAAGAAGCUGAAGAGCGCGAGCGCCGCGCCGCUCAAACCCCGUCCGCUGUCGGACGAGCAGAAGCUGGAGCCGCUGACGAUGCCCUGCGUUCUGGCUGAGGAGCAUCUGCUGGCCCGGGCGCUCUGCGGCCUUCAGCUCGGCGAGGAACCGGAGGAGAACGUCCGGCCCAAACACUCCUUCUCCCUGGACAUCAAGUCGUACGGCGAGUCCGGAGCGUCUCUGCGAGCGUUUCCCGUCAGCGAACCCUGCCAGUUCUCACCGGUGCAGGAGGUUUCAGAGCAAAGUCCAGCUGAAGAUCAAGCUAACAAGAUGCUCCAGCGCAGCGGCAGCGUGGAUGGAGCUCCGUCGCACUCACAGCACCAGUCUAAAGCGGCACCGGGCGCGCUUAAAGGCUGGCACUCGGACAUCGUCCUGGGACCCGUGGCUGGAGGCUGGUUCCUCUCCUCAGAGUCGGCGCGCUUCUACUCCACCUCGGCUAUCUUCAGCGGCGGCAGCUGCGCUCCGGGACUGGAGGCGGUGAGGAGACGCAGGCAGCAGCGCAGCGGGGACGGAGGAGAUUCGCGCAGGAGCUGGCACGAAGAGAGCAGCUUCGAGAAGCAGCUGAAGCGCAGGAGCUGCCAGAUAGACGGCAUGACGGACAGCCGGUCCAGAGAGGAGAUGAGCACGAGGAGCAGCCAGUCCAGCUUCUCCGGCAGCAUGGAAAUCAUCGAGGUCUCCUGAGGACUCAACACACAGUCAUUUGUUUCUUUGCUUUGUUCUCAUUCAGAUUUUAACUCGAUAUGGUGCCGCACAAAUUAAGGCAAGAAACUACAGAUGAACAGGCUGAACCUUAAUAUACAUCACCAGCUGACUGAUUACGUUAAGAAUUACAAACCAUUUUUCCCUGAAAUGUUGUUUAAAUACAUAAAUGAGGCAUCACUUUAAUUAAACAUGCACAUAAUUAAUUCUCUAAUCAAAUAUGCACUCAUUUUUUGCAUGCAUUUCCAGCACAUAAAUCUGAACAUUUAUUAAAGGUUUUUUUGACA